AUGGAUCCAAACGACUUCGAAUAUAUAGUCCAACUCAGAGUCCGUGCCACCUCACAUCUUUCCCCACAAUCUCUAUCACUUUUCUGCUAUCAUAAGGAAUACCUUGUUGCUUUACGGCAGCACUUCAUUGGGUACUGGCAGUCCCGCUUUGCGCUCUCCAGACAUGCUUCUCCCCACGGUUGUCUUCUUUGGGCUUCCUCCUGCAACGCUGAAGAGCGCUCCAAUCUACUUGGAAUUACCGUGGCACCACCCGCAGUCAAUACCUUACUACCUACAGUGACUCUUGCACCGGUGACCAACUUCAAUGAAUCACUCCCAGCGGGCCUCUCCGUAAACGUGACAGGCCCGCAGAUAGAAGUCAUAACAGAUGUCGCCAGUCUGAAUGGAGAUACGUUACCUGCUCUUGGACCGGACGCUGCGGCGGCGUUGAAAAUAGCCUAUCAAGAAAACUGUCCCAACGGGCUAGGCAGUCCAAAUUGCGAAACCAGCCUACAGCUCGCCUUGAACGUCGACCAGCCAAACCUCCAGAAACGCGUCGUCGUAUUUCUUGUCUCCAUCCUGGUUGUGGGAAUGGCUAUAGAGUUUGCAGAGAUGCGGAAACGGAGAAUGUAA